ACUGAGCUAAAUCCCAGCCCUAUUCUUGAAAUCAUGAAUCCUGUCUAUAGCCCUGGAUCUUCUGGGGUUCCUUAUGCAAAUGCCAAAGGAAUUGGUUAUCCAGCUGGUUUCCCCAUGGGCUAUGCAGCAGCACCUCCUGCUUAUUCUCCCAACAUGUACCCUGGAGCAAAUCCUACCUUCCAAACAGGUUACACUCCUGGCACACCUUACAAAGUGUCCUGCUCCCCCACCAGUGGGGCUGUGCCGCCAUACUCCUCCUCCCCCAACCCCUACCAGACCGCUGUGUACCCUGUGCGAAGUGCCUACCCUCAGCAGAGCCCGUAUGCACAGUUGUCUCUGUUCUCCCCACAGCAAGGUACCUACUACACACAGCCACUGUAUGCAGCACCCCCUCAUGUCAUCCACCACACCACGGUGGUGCAGCCCAACGGCAUGCCGGCAACAGUGUAUCCUGCUCCCAUCCCUCCUCCGAGAGGUAGUGGUGUCACCAUGGGCAUGGUUGCUGGAACCACCAUGGCCAUGUCGGCAGGUACCCUGUUGACGGCUCACUCCCCAACUCCAGUCGCCCCUCACCCAGUCACUGUGCCCACAUACCGGGCUCCAGGAACACCCACUUACAGCUAUGUGCCCCCUCAGUGGUGAUCACCCUGCAGACAAAUGUUUGAGGAUGGAGCUGUGCAGUCACAUCAAGGUUCCACAGCUGGUGCUGCAGGCCUUGUGCCUCCAACCAAGACUUUCUUCUUAAUGCUCUCGACACUUAGCUAAACACAACUAUGUUCCAGCCCAGCAGGUCCCAGCGCCGUUAGUUUCCAACUAACUGUGGGUUGGUCUUAAAUCCUGUUUUGUGGUCUGCCUGGCAAUUUUUUAGCUAACUGUAAUGAUAAGAAGGGAGUAUUAAUCUAUUCUGAAUCAUAUCUAGUUGAAUGCAUGUUAAAAAAACAAACACAAAAACCAAGCUUGCUCAAUCUACCUGCAGUGACUGAUGCAAAACCAUCAUAUGCAAAACCCAAAGGAAUGGAAAAUGUAUUUUACAACUUGUAUCCCUAAUGCACUGUUGUAAUGUAUGCAGUCUUAACGUUAAUAAGUGUUAAAGUGAAUUCUUCAUAGAGCAUCUGAAUUACCUUAGAUGAUUCUUCAGCCUUCUGGGGUUGAUGGUGGGUAGCCAGUUAGGGACUUGGACUUUUAGUUUUCAUUGGCCUGUUUCUUUGACACUGACUGUACCAGGGAGCUACAGGAAUGAGGAGAGAGUAAGGAGGCCACAGUAGCUGAGGAGUAGCCAGUCACAGGGUGUUGCCUUUUUCUGUUCAUCCUUAGAGGGGUCAGGGGAACAGGGACAUACUUAAAGAUCAUCCUGAAACAGAGCCAUUUGGCCAGGACAGUUAGGGGCGAGGGUGGUCUGCAUAUCAACAAUUUUCUCUGCAUAUCUCAUAAAGAAGGAUCAUUUUUCUAUAUCUUUAUUAGAAAAAUACUGUGUAGAACUAGUUUAUUUUCCUGGAAUGGAAGGUAUGUGAAAGAAAAACAGCCCCAUUUGGAGCAGGUAUUGUCCUUUCCUUUAGGUUAGAAAGUCAUUCCAUAUUUUCUUUAGCCUGAGAAAUGUUUGAGUCAGUUAAAAACACUUAGCUAUUGCUGUUUCUCUCAUAAAGAAGGGCAAAAAUUUCAGCUGUGUGUUGUGGAGAAUGUUGUAUACUUACGAAUGCUUAAAAGGGAACAGAGUUGUUUUAAACGCCUCACAGGUAUCUAGAGAGGCAAGGUCUUGACUAGGUCUGCAGAUAUAAAGAGGUAGCUUGUGCUGGGUGGUCUAUAUGAUGAUAACUUGCCUCCUGUCUGACUCCGGGACUUCUAGGGUGAGGAGCACAGGGCUGAAUCUGAGGUGUGAGAGUCUUCUGCCAGCUAUCCUUGAGCUGAAGGCACUCAAUGCCGAGAAUGUGCAGUCAGGACAAAGGGCCUGGUAGCAGUGGAAUGCAUUUGCCCACCCACUGGCAUCUAUUAUGGAAGAGAUUUUGAGUUUAAAAUAUGAAUAUUGUACAUAAGAAAUGAAGAGUUGUUUUUUGUCUCAUUUUUCCUAAUAAGCUGACUUUGAGUGACAGGAAUGGCUGGCUGUUCUCAGUGAGGCUCAGAGGGUAGAGGCAGAAAGAACUGUUCCUUUUCAGGGCCUUGUCAGGUGGGGUGGGGUGCAUCUUUUUUCCCCACCCGAGUGUUGGUGAAGUGCCGUGGUCUUCAGUUGGGAGGGGAUUCUGUGCUGCUUCUGUCUCUGGCAGCUCAGUCAGGGCCCUGGUGCUGAGUUGGGGUUUGCUCCAUUAGCAGUUAGCCUGGCUGGCAGGUGGAACACCUGACCACUGAGCCUUUGGUAAUCUUAUUUUUUAUAGUAAAUAUUUGUCAUGAUUUUCUUUUUUCACAUUUUAUAAGUUUGGGAAUAUUUUUGCAUGGCUCAUUGUAAACAAAAGUUUCCUUGUUCCUAGUGUCCAUUAACAUAGAAUGUUUACUGAUAAAUACUUUAAAUUGCUUCCUGAGCACUUAUACCCCCCCAUGUGUGUGUCAUUAUGUGUGUGUCAUUAUGUGUGUGUGUGUGUGUGUGCGCGCGUGCGCGUGUGCGCGUACACAUGGUGUCAUUUACCCUCGGCAUACCAUUGUGUUCAUUUCUGCAAGUCGUGUUGGUAAUUCCAUCUGGGUAGUGGAUGGUUUACAAUAUUGGUAGCUUCCAAGGGUCCCAGGGACUCAACUGACUGGCAGAGAAGGCAUUUUCCCAGUUGAGUGAUGAUAUAUGAGAACAUGAUUUUCGUGUAUGCUUUCUAAAAGCCCACACAAAAAUAGAAACGUACCUAUGAGGGGUGGUAUUAUUCCAAUCAGGAGGAAGUUCUAGGUUCCAUGGGCUGUCUCCAGGCCUGUGUGAGACUGGCACACACAGGGUGAGUGUUCUCUUAAAUGCUGAGUUGGAGAAAGUUUUGCAUCUCCUGACCUCCAUUUUUAUCAGCUGUAUGAACACUUUCUUCUCUAUAAUUAAAUUUUUUCCCUUUUGUAAGGUUGAAUUGAGAGACUAUCAGAUACUUCUACAUUGUGGAGAUUUUUCCAAUUUUGAAACUAUCAGGGCAUCAGGUAUCAGAUCUAUGAAAGGUAGAUAAUACCAGAUAAGAAUCUAGUCUUAACUAAUAGUAAUAAAACUGUCAUAGGUGCAUUCCGUUCUAGUAAAGUUAGUUAAAGAAAUAGUACUUGGGUCAGUCAUCUGUUACAAAGCUGCAUAGUUUGUUAUCCCAAGCACAUUGUGGAACAUUCCAAGGACUUUUGCUCUUUUUAAAUGUGUGACAUUUCUGAUUUGAGAGAUCUUCGAUUGAAUUGUUCUCUGAGAAGUUGAAAGGGGCAAGCAAAUGAUCUGGAUCGUGUAGCUGCGGGCAGGCAUCAUCAUGGAUCUUUAAAACCUUUUUUAAAUUCUGUACCUUCUCCCCUGAGGCUUGGGAGUUGUCUUCUUCAGCUAUGUAGCAGCUGCUCCUCUCAGCCGAUAGAAAUGUAGUUGGAGCUGGUUGGAGGCUGAGUGAAUGUUGUAAAGUCAGCCCAUGUGCUCCCUGACUCAGAAGUGAGGCCACCCUCAGAGCCAGGGCCAGUCAUGGUCACGUGCAGGGAAGUGCUUCCAGAACCUUUCAUGUAUGCUAUGAACCAUCUUCUAAGACCGUUCUUGUAUGCUGAUGGCCUACCAGUUGCUAUUCUGUGAAAUCCUUUCCUGAGUGCUAUGCAAAUGUAUUUUUAGGUGGCAGGGACAUGGGCUAGGCUUCAGGCUGCUGAGUGUCUAGGCACCUGGUGCGUGGCUCCAUCUGGUGGUGUCAUCCUGCUGUGACAGGCAGCUAGGAAGUAAGUUACAAGUGUUCUUGGAAGACAUGCCAAUAAGAGGACAUACAUUCUUAGGCAGUUUGGAAUGCACUGACAUCCAGCAGCAGUGUCCUUGUGGGAGCUUUCGUGAUCCAGUUGUAUAAAUAUUGGGCUGCUUUGCAAAGGAAAUCCAGACUUCACCUAUCUUUUUUGAACAUUUAGAUACAGUAUUACUGUGACCAAUUGGGCCACCUUCUCUCAUCUGGCAGCUGACAGUUGGCUGUUCCACUUGUAGUUGGCCUGGCACUGCCUGGGCAGCAUGGGACCUCCCCUGGGUGCGACAGCAGGUGGGGCAGCCACUGGUCCUUCUCUCUGGUGCUUUCUAAGGGGGUCUGGUAGGAAUGUGGUUGGCUUAAGGAGGGUACACCUCCCAGAUCUGUGUGUGUUUCAGCUGCUUACUGUUUGCCUUAGCUUCUGGAAGGCUGGCAGACUCCUGAGUGCACUGCAGGUGGGGAUGUGAGGUCUCGGCAUAAGCUUGGACGUUGAUCUUGCCUGUCUGAAGUGUUGUCUUGUCUUCCUGGCUCUGAGUUCAUUUGAAGAAUGGAAAACCUGUGGGGUAACCUUGCUUUAGUCACAGUUUAGUCCCUUGGGACAAUGAGACAGAGGAGCAGAAUCUAUCCAGAGAGCUCGUAUGCACUUCAGGAGACUGGGCUGUCCCAGGUGAGCACAGCAGGCAGCCCCUGGGCAGG